AUGUCGAAACUAUAUGCUGCGCCCCUCAUCGAAGAGCUAAAAACUGUUGGGGAGUUCGCUGCAAGUUUCCACCUGGCGUCUGCUAUACAGAUCAAUACUGAAGCCAGUAAGUUUGCCUAUGAUGCAGCCUAUUCAGUUGAAGCUACCAAAGCCGCUAUCCACUCCAUUGGGCAGUUACAGAUUCUCUUGGGGCCGCCGUUUGGUUCGAAAACAUAUCUUGCAUCCCUUGCCAAUGUGUUUGUUCGCGCAGGAUAG